AAAGGUCUUUUUAUUUUAUUUUUUAUUUUUUUAAUUUUGUAAAAAGGUGAAUUUUUCUCUCUCUUACUUUACUCUUUUCUCCUUUCUUCUCUACCAAACCCUACACUUUACUCUUUUCUCCUUUCUUCUCUACCAAACCCUAUGAAGGUUUUCUCUCAACAUUUCUUCCCUUUCUUGCUUUCUCAAUCUCAUCACUUUCUCCCCUCUCUUCUUUGAUCAGUCGCCAAUGCGUGUGAACUCGUCGCCGUGCUAUCAUCGGAGGCAGCUUCUUCCGUUGCCGCCCUUUAAACAACAAAUGGAGAUGAAGAACGAGUCGAUUGAGCUAGGCAGUGGAUCUGAUCGGUUUGCAAGAAGGGGUUGGGCGGCGGUGUCUGAAGAACGGGGAGGCGAAGGUCUGGUAGACAUGAGAACUUUUGUCAUAAAUCUGAUACAUGAGAACUUUUGAUGAUUUUACAAGUGUUUUCCUACUUUAGUAUUAGCAUUGAAAUGAUGUUGAUUUUAAGCAGGUUGUCUUCUCUGUGUAGCGUAGUUUUUUGAAUGUUAACGAAGGUCGAUAUAAUCCCGAGAUGUUGCCGGUGAUAUCUCAGGAAAAAUGGCGAAAGGGUUCUCAGUGGAUUACUUUGGUGAGGAGACAUGCUGAAGUUGUAGUGAAUGAUGAAAUAAUAUUCCCUCUCUUUAAGAAAUUUUGUAAGCGAUGGCCGCCAGCGGACCACGAUACUAGAAGGAAAACAACAGAGAAGUAUCAUCGCAACUGCAUACCAGAUGAGCAUUAUGUCCAGACUUUACUUUCAGUUGAUCCAAACACAGGAGUUUCAAUGUAUGAAUCAGAUGACAUAAUCAAGUAUCUGGUUCAGAACUAUGGUGAUGGAAAUGUACCUCUUUCCUUGUGUUCAUGUAGGUGAUGGAAACAAGACUUUUGACGGGUUCUAUCUAUAAGCCAUCAAAGCUUCCACCUGCUCCACUAGAAAUAUGGGCAUAUGAGGGUUCUCCUUUUUGCAAACUUGUUCGUGAAGUGCUUGUAGAGUUGGAGUUACCACAUUUAGGAGUUAUCACUAAACAAAUGACUGCAAUAGAAGAAAUGGUUGCAAGUGAGUACAAUUAGCCAGACCCUCAUCUUUGUGACAAGAUCUUGAAGUUGGUCAUUUGUGAAGCGUUCUACUUUGCUAUUAGUUGCAGUUUUAGCUAUUGCUCUCUCAAUAUAUUCUUUUUCUUUCUUUCUUUCUUUUUUUCCAAAGGAUGAUCAGUGUAAUAAUUAAGCUUCAUAAUUUCUGUUUUUGGAUCAAAGUUGUAUA